GUGCUCCGCGCCCUGAUUGGCUGCGCAGGCCGCUCGCUGAUUGGUUGCGGCGGAUGCCUCGCGGGCCGGUGGCUAUGGAGGCGGCGGCGGUUGAUGGUUGACCGUUGGCUCCGGGGUAGGGGUCGCCGUUCGAGUGAUCUGCUCAGACCCGGCGAGAGGGCGCGGGCUGCUGACGCUCGGCCUGGAGCCCUCCGGUGAGACCUAGUUCGGCUCCGCCAUGCCAGCCGCCGGGAGUAACGAGCCGGACGGCGUCCUCAGCUAUCAGAGACCAGAUGAAGAAGCUGUGGUGGAUCAGGGUGGGACCAGUACAAUUCUCAACAUUCACUAUGAAAAAGAAGAGCUGGAAGGUCAUAGAACUCUAUAUGUGGGAGUUCGGAUGCCGCUUGGCCGGCAGAGCCAUCGGCACCACCGCACUCAUGGCCAGAAGCACCGGAGACGAGGGCGAGGCAAAGGAGCCAGCCAGGGGGAGGAAGGCCUGGAAGCCCUGGCCCACGACACACCAUCUCAGCGUGUUCAGUUCAUUCUUGGCACCGAGGAAGAUGAAGAGCAUGUGCCUCAUGAGCUGUUUACAGAGCUGGAUGAGAUCUGUAUGAAAGAGGGAGAAGAUGCUGAGUGGAAGGAAACAGCCAGGUGGCUGAAGUUUGAAGAAGAUGUUGAAGAUGGAGGAGAGCGCUGGAGCAAGCCUUACGUGGCAACCCUUUCAUUGCACAGCCUGUUUGAGCUAAGGAGCUGCCUUAUUAAUGGAACAGUCCUUCUGGAUAUGCGUGCAAAUAGCAUAGAAGAAAUUUCAGACCUGAUCCUGGAUCAGCAAGAACUGUCCAGUGACCUGAAUGACAGCAUGAGAGUUAAAGUCCGGGAAGCCCUUCUCAAAAAGCAUCAUCAUCAGAAUGAAAAGAAGAGAAACAACCUCAUUCCCAUUGUUCGCUCCUUCGCUGAGGUUGGCAAGAAGCAGUCUGAUCCUCAUUCAAUGGAUAAACAUGGUCAAACCGUGUCUCCUCAGUGUGUUCCAACUACAAAUCUUGAGGUAAAAAAUGGAGUCAAUUGUGAACACAGUCCUGUGGAUUUAAGCAAGGUAGACCUUCAUUUCAUGAAAAAAAUUCCUACUGGGGCUGAGGCCUCCAAUGUCCUGGUUGGAGAGGUGGAUAUUUUGGACCGUCCCAUUGUUGCCUUUGUGAGGCUGUCUCCAGCUGUUCUUCUCUCAGGCCUAACAGAAGUGCCAAUCCCAACAAGAUUUUUGUUUAUCUUAUUGGGUCCAGCAGGGAAAGGUCAGCAGUACCAUGAGAUUGGCAGAUCCAUGGCCACCAUCAUGACAGAUGAGAUUUUUCAUGAUGUAGCAUAUAAAGCAAAAGAGCGAGAUGAUCUCCUGGCGGGGAUUGAUGAGUUCCUAGACCAGGUGACGGUGCUCCCUCCAGGAGAGUGGGAUCCCUCCAUUAGAAUUGAGCCACCCAAAAACGUCCCUUCCCAGGAAAAAAGGAAAAUGCCUGGAGUUCCAAAUGGAAAUGUUUGCCACAUAGAACAGGAACCACAUGGGGGUCACAGUGGGCCAGAACUUCAGCGCACUGGGCGGCUAUUUGGGGGCUUGGUGCUGGACAUCAAGCGGAAGGCCCCCUGGUACUGGAGUGACUACCGGGAUGCACUCAGCUUACAGUGUUUGGCCUCCUUUCUGUUCCUGUACUGUGCCUGCAUGUCACCUGUCAUCACCUUUGGGGGAUUGCUUGGAGAAGCCACUGAGGGACGCAUAAGUGCAAUUGAAUCCUUGUUUGGAGCCUCCAUGACUGGGAUUGCUUAUUCGUUGUUUGCGGGACAGGCUCUCACCAUCCUGGGAAGUACUGGGCCAGUGCUUGUGUUUGAAAAGAUUUUGUUCAAAUUCUGCAAAGACUAUGCUCUUUCAUACCUCUCCCUGCGAGCUUGUAUUGGACUGUGGACCGCUUUCCUGUGUAUUGUCCUUGUGGCAACUGAUGCCAGUUCCCUUGUCUGCUACAUUACCCGUUUCACUGAAGAAGCAUUUGCCUCCCUAAUUUGCAUUAUUUUCAUCUAUGAAGCAAUAGAAAAACUGAUUCACCUGGCAGAGACCUACCCCAUCCACAUGCACAGCCAGCUGGACCACCUUAGCCUCUAUUACUGCAGGUGUACUCUCCCAGAGAAUCCGAACAAUCAUACCCUCCAGUACUGGAAGGACCACAACAUUGUGACAGCAGAAGUCCACUGGGCUAACCUGACUGUCAGUGAAUGCCAGGAGAUGCAUGGAGAGUUCAUGGGAUCUGCGUGUGGCCAUCAUGGACCCUAUACUCCUGAUGUCCUCUUUUGGUCCUGUAUUCUCUUCUUCACCACCUUCAUCCUCUCAAGCACCUUAAAGCAGUUUAAGACGAGCCGUUAUUUCCCAACCCGAGUACGCUCCAUGGUGAGUGACUUUGCUGUUUUCCUCACUAUCUUCACAAUGGUGAUUAUUGAUUUUUUGAUUGGAGUCCCAUCACCAAAGCUUCAAGUUCCCAGUGUAUUCAAGCCAACAAGGGAUGAUCGCGGAUGGAUCAUUAAUCCCAUUGGCCCCAAUCCCUGGUGGACUGUGAUAGCUGCAAUUAUCCCAGCUCUUCUCUGCACUAUCUUGAUAUUCAUGGAUCAGCAGAUCACAGCCGUCAUUAUUAACAGGAAGGAACAUAAGCUCAAGAAAGGCUGUGGCUACCACCUGGACCUACUGAUGGUGGCCAUCAUGCUGGGUGUCUGCUCCAUCAUGGGCCUGCCCUGGUUUGUAGCUGCAACCGUCUUGUCCAUCACACAUGUGAACAGCCUCAAGCUAGAAUCUGAAUGCUCUGCUCCUGGAGAACAGCCCAAAUUCCUGGGCAUCCGAGAACAAAGAGUGACAGGCCUUAUGAUCUUUGUGCUGAUGGGCUGCUCAGUCUUCAUGACGGCUAUCUUAAAGUUUAUUCCAAUGCCAGUACUCUAUGGAGUUUUCCUCUACAUGGGAGUUUCUUCACUACAGGGAAUUCAGUUCUUUGAUCGUCUAAAGCUCUUUGGGAUGCCUGCAAAGCACCAGCCAGAUUUCAUCUACCUGCGGCAUGUGCCACUGCGCAAAGUGCACCUCUUCACCCUCAUCCAGCUGACCUGUCUCGUCCUGCUCUGGGUCAUCAAGGCAUCUCCAGCUGCCAUUGUUUUCCCAAUGAUGGUUUUGGCCUUGGUCUUUGUCAGGAAAGUCAUGGAUCUCUGUUUCUCUAAGCGAGAGCUGAGCUGGUUAGAUGAUCUCAUGCCUGAAAGCAAAAAGAAGAAGUUGGAUGAUGCCAAAAAGAAGGCCAAGGAGGAAGAGGAGGCUGAGAAAAUGUUAGAAAUUGGGGGAGACAAGUUCCCCUUAGAGAGCAGGAAGUUACUAAGUAGUCCUGGAAAGAGCGUCAGUUGCAGAUGUGACCCCUCUGAGAUUAAUAUAUCUGAUGAAAUGCCUAAAACUACAGUCUGGAAAGCUCUCAGUAUGAAUUCUGGAAAUGCAAAGGAAAAGAGUCUCUUCAACUAAGAGUCUUUGCUGGGAUGGAAGAUUUGGGCCGUGUGGUGCCUCAGGGAAGUUCUGGUUACAGAGAAAAUGGCGAGUCUCUCAGAGAAGAAUCAAGACCAAGUUUGGCCCUGUCCUUGGUCAUCUCAAAGCCAUGCCGAAGCAUUCAGUUAUUUUUGGUGUGCAUUGGAGGGCAUCCAGCUAUCCCCAUACCAGCAGCCAGUCACCAGAUGUGAAUGUGGAAGCAGAAGACCACCUCCUGUUGGUUCUUCUCCUCUUCUUCCUUCUUUUUCACUUUAGAACAGCCACCAUUGAAGACCUAGCUUCCCAUUUUCCAGACAUUUUCUCUGAAAUUCUCUGCUGGCCUGCCAAGCCAUAUGGAUUCAUUCUGCCACUGAGGAGUCCUUCAGUGAGGUCCCUCUUCCUAAAGGAUGGAGUGCGGAGUAGGAGGGGAACAGAGAGGAAAUCCUCUCUGGCUCUCCAGUGCUUUUAGUGCCUGCAGGCUCCUAGGCAGCCCUGGGCCUUGGUUUGAUUACCUCCCCUGGGGGAUGCUGGUCAGACCCAGAGAUUGUCAGGAGGUCAGCUACCAGGAAGAUCCGUGAUCUGGGCAUUGGCAGUGCCUGCCACCACAGCCAGAAGAUGCCUCUGACUUGGGUGCAUCUCCAUCACUCCCUAGCAGCAGCCUGCAUAACUGGCAAGAACCUUGGAUGAUACAAGGGCCAAGAAGGGACAUUUGAGUUGUGUCGCUUAGAUAGGAAAAGGAUCCCCGGAAAAUCAACAGUAAAUGAGGAUGAGCAACUUCUCUUGGUUUUCAUUGAGGAUAGAGUAAGAGAUUGAGCUUAGAUUGCAAUAGAAGGAAUUAGUUUAGAUACCAGGAAGGACUUCCUAGCCUGAAGAUUUGUCAUAGUGUCUGCUUUCUAGAUAUCUGGGAAAGAUUUGAUAAUAGUUGUUUGUGAAUAGAAAGGAGGAUAUGGUGUUUUUAUUGGCCAUUUUGCGGGACUCUUCGACUUCUUGCUGCUGUCUCUUGAGGAUACAUUCCAAUUCCAUCCUGGUGAGAUCCAAGUGCUUACGUACUGUCUCCUUAACUGCCUUAGUAGUGAACGAUCAUCAGUUCAAUGGACCAAAAUCACCUUCAGCCAUGUGGUUUCUUCAUCAUCAUGGAUUUCUUUUGGUUGACAAACAUUCUGGCUCUCAGAUGCAAAAAGUCACACUGGGAAAUGAACUGUAAGUGGUGAAAUUAGUUUUGAUAUUUAAUUUAAAACUACAUUCAUGGUUUUUCUCUUCUAUGUUGCAAUGAAUGUAAAGUAUUUGGGAUCCAGUGCUUAUAAAUCUUUCCCUCCUUUGUGCACAGAAUGUAAUUAGCAAGCCCAUCAGCACCCAGAGAAUUCUAUCAUGUUAGUUUUCCAUCCUGGAAAAUCUUUGUACAGUGGGAAGUUCCCCAAUGUGUUUUUCUUUCUUAGGUGACGGGUUGGCUAUAUCACUUUAUUGAAUUUUGCAUUCCUUAGACUUUUAAAAUAUACUAAUGUAUUCUAGUCUUACUCUAAAGACCUUUGAUGUUAAAGGAAUCUUUCAUUUAUUUCAUAUUCCCUAUCUCCUAGGGCCACAAUUAUUUUAAUACAGAGAUGAUUUUCAAAAUAUUUAACAACUGGUACAGGACAGAUGCCAACCACUCAGAAGGGAUGCCUGCUGUAAACAAGCAGUAUGUAUGGUUGUACCAAUGCCUAUUGGCUGAACAUUAUGCUACUUUCAGAUAUUAAAAUGAUGUUCCUUUGA